GAAAAGAUUUACUAGCCAAUAAAUGAUAUCUUAAACCAGAAUCUGAUAUUGAUUAAACUGUUAGUCAAACAACUCGGCGUGUUUGGUGUCAGCAUAGUGGCGCGCCUAACCCUGAUAGCUGGUGAGAUGGAGUCCAGUGGGGACAGGGCCAGGUUCGGGGGACAGAGUGUAGGAGCAGGCUCCUUGGUGGCAGAGGAGAACUACUUCCUAGGUUACACCUUUACAGACCGCUCCCACUCCAGCCGCGUGGUGCAGAGCAUCAUGGACCUAUGUCUGCAGGACGGCCUGUUUGCUGACGUGACGGUGAAGGUGGAGGGGAGGGAUUUUAACCUGCACCGCCUGGUACUGUCAGCCCAGAGCAGCUUCUUUAGAUCCAUGUUCACAUCCAACCUGAGAGAGGCUCACACACGUAGCAUCCAACUGAAGGACGUCAGCGCAUCAGUCUUCCAGCUGCUGGUUGACUACAUCUACCACGGGACAGUGAAGCUGACAGUGGAGGAGCUGCAGGACACCUAUGAGAUGGCUGACAUGUACCAGCUGACUGCUCUGUUUGAAGAAUGCUCCCGCUUCCUGUCACGCACCGUAGAUGUCAAGAAUUGCCUACAGGUGAUGUGGCUGGCAGACAGGCACAGUGACCAGGAGUUGUAUACUGCAGCCAAACAUUGUGCUAAGAUCCACCUGGUGGAACUUCACCAGACUGAGGAGUUCCUCAACCUGCCACUCUGUCUCCUCAUGGACAUUAUCAAAGACGGUGUUCCAACCUCUCAGAACCCCACGGUCGCCAUCCAAUCCUGGAUCAACCACAACAAGGUGGAGAGAGAAGAGUUCUCCACUGUUCUCCAGGAGAACCUCAAGGAGAUCGGUGAGAUGGUGCACAUCUACCUGAUAGGUAAGGAGGAGACGAGGACCCACUCCCUGGCCAUUUCCCUGCACUGUGACGAGGACGAUGCCAUCAGCGUCAGCGGCCAGAACAGCCUGUGUCACCAGAUCACAGCAGCCUGUAAACACGGGCCGGACCUCUACGUGGUAGGGGGGUCCAUCCCUCGUCGCAUGUGGAAGUGUAACAUGCAGACCAUGGACUGGGAGCGCUGUGCCCCACUGCCUCGAGAUCGUCUCAGCCACACCAUGGUCUCAGUCUCGCUCCAGGAUGCCGUCUAUAGUCUGGGAGGUAAGACGCUCCAGGACACACUGUCCAACGCCGUGAUUUACUACACGGUGAAGGACAACGUGUGGACAGAGACUAGCCAGCUGGAUACGGCGGUGUCCGGGGCGGCGGGGGUUAACCUGGGAGGAACCAUCUACAUACUGGGGGGGGAAGAGAACGACAUGGACUUCUUCACCAAGCCGUCACGACUCAUCCAGUGCUUCGACACGAAGACUCAGAAGUGCCAAUUGAAGCCUUACGUCCUGCCGUUGGCGGGAGUGAUGCACGCCGCCGCCCACAUGGAUCUGCUGUUCAUCGUAGCAGAGGGGGACUCUCUGGUGUGUUACAACCCACUGUUGGAGAGCUUCACCAGGCUACGCUUCCCCGAGGUGUGGAGCUGUGUGCCGUCCUUCUGGAAGGUGGCCAGCUGUAACGGCUCCGUCUAUGUGUUCAGAGAGAGGUGUACAAAAGGAGACGCUCACACCUUGAAGUUUAACCCCGCUACGUCAGCCGUGACUGUUAUCAAGGGGAUUAAGAUACUGCUGACCAACUGGCAGUUUGUUCUGGCUUAAAGAUACUGCUGACCAACUGGCAGUUUGUCCUGGCCUAAAGGGAUUAAGAUACUGCUGACCAACUGGCAGUUUGUCCUGGCCUAAAGGGAUUAAGAUACUGCUGACCAACUGGCAGUUUGUCCUGGCCUAAAGGGAUUAAGAUACUGCUGACCAACUGGCAGUUUGUCCUGGCCUAAAGGGAUUAAGAUACUGCUGACCAACUGGCAGUUUGUUCUGGCCUAAAGUUUAAACUCACUAAGGCGAGGGCAUGAGGUAUUUGAGAAUAUAGAAUGGAAAAUAUUCAGAUCUUUUUUACUUUGACCGUUAAAGUCUUAUUCUCUCAAUCUACACACCAAACCCCAUAAUGACAAAGCAAAAGCAGGUUUUUAGAAAUAUCUUAUUUAUAUAAGAACCUUUGCUAUGAGUCUCUAAAUGUAGCUCAGGUGCAUCCUGUUUCCAUUGAUCAUCUUUGAAAUGUUUCUACAACUUGAUUGGAGUUCACCUGUGGUAAAUUCAAAUUGAUUGGACAUGAUUUGGAAAGGCACACACCUGUCUAUAUAAAGGCACACACCUGUCUAUAUAAAGGCACACACCUGUCUAUAUAAAGGCACACACCUGUCUAUAUAAAGGCACACACCUGUCUAUAUAAAGGCACACACCUGUCUAUAUAAAGGUCCCACAGUUGACAGGUGCAUGUCAGAGCCAAAACCAAACCAUCUAAAUAAUUGUCCGUAGAGCUCCGAGACAGGAUUGUGUCGAGGCAGAUAUCUGGGGUACCAAAAAAUGUCUGCAGCAUUGAAGGUCCCCAAGAACACAGUGGCCUCCAUCAUUCUUAAAUGGAAGAAGUUUGGAACCACCAAGACUUCCUAGAGCUGGCCGCCCGGCCAACCUGAGAAAUCGGGGGAGAAGGGCCUUGGUCAGCCAGAACCUGAUCAAACAUCACUGGAAAUAGCUGUGCAGCGACACUCCUCACCCAACCUGACAGAGCUUGAGAGGAUCUGCAGAGAUGAAUGGGAGAAACUCCCCAAAUACAGGUGUGCCAAGCUUGUAGCGUCAUACCCAAGAAGACUCGAGGCUGUAAUCGCUGCCAAAGUACUGAGUGAAGGGUCUGAAUACUUAUGUAAAUGUGAUAUUUCCGUUUGUAUUAUUUGUAAUAAAUUUGCAAAAAAGUAUUAUAUUUUUUUUUAGCUUUGUCAUUAUUGGGUGUUGUGAUGUCAUUAUUGGGUGUUGUGAUGUCAUUAUUGGGUAUUGUGAUGUCAUUGGGUAUUGUGAUGUCAUUAUUGGGUAUUGUGAUGUCAUUAUUGGGUAUUGUGAUGUCAUUAUUGGGUAUUGUGCGUAGAUAUGGAUUUUUUUUUCCCGUUUUGAAAAAACAAAUCAAUUUUAGAAUAAGGUUGUAACGUAAGAAAAUGUGUAGAAAGUCAAGGGGUCUGAAUACUUUCUGAAUGCUCUGUAAGGUGUUACAUUACAUAAGCUGAUCUUUCUUUCUCUUAAGGUCUCUGAUGCAGUCAUCCUCACAGCUGUAAAUCAUGUUCAUUGUACAGCAAUAAGUGAUGUGAUGAAACCACACGAUCGGAGAAUUCAGAGAUCAUAUUUUCUUGCAUAUGUCACAAAUACAUCCCAUUAUCUGUAAAUAUAUUCAACAAAGCUCACAAAUAAAACUACAAUGUGAACAAACA